UUGCAGAGGGGCCAGCUGUGGACUUUGGGCAGAUGCAGCCCCAGGAUGACUUGAAAGUAGGGCAUCCUUGGCCUUCCUGAAGAGAGGAAAUUAGUGGCAGGUGAACAGUCUGUGUAUGGAGUUAUCAGAUGCCUUUACCUGAGUGAGAAACCUUCCUCCAUUGGGACCUUGGAUGUCUGACAGCUUUGUGACACCAAGAUAAGUAAUGGUUGAAAGAAACUAUUGUCAAUGAACUUUUGCAUUGAAAUUUUGGAUUAUAUCUCAAAUUUUAAUCAGGAAAAUAAAACCCCAGAGGAAUAAAUUCUGCAGGCCCCAAAGAGACACAAAAAGGUGGCUCAGCGCCUAGGAAUUCACACAAAGGAAAACAGCCUGGUAAGAGCAACUAAUUAAGAACCUUAAAGAGUGACAAUGGCUCCUGUGAGUCUUUGUUGCUUAAUUAGGGCUUUAUGAACAGCUCCAGUUAAUGGACCUGUCAAUAUUCUCUUAGAAAACAAUUUCACUGAAUUAACAAACACUUAGAAUGUCUGCUUAGCAGCACCUUUCUCUUUACUGUUAUUUAGGAACACUUUUAAUGAGCCAACUUGCUAGGUCAUAUAUUUGUCAAUUUAGGAUCCUAAGGCCUGGUUCAAAGGAGCCCCUGUUACUUUGGCUCUCCUUAUUCUGCAUUAUAAGCUCUUUGGGGUGUGAGAACAUUUUAUACUGCUUUUUAAGGAUGACUUAACUAUUACCUGGGAAAGGGGUGAUAAAAUGAACCUUGAAAUUUAUUUCAAUUUAGAAUAGUUGUAGAUUCACAGAAAAGUUGUGAAGAUAGUACAAAGGAUUCACAUGUACCCUGCACCCAAUUUCUCCUAAUAUUAACAUCUUAUAUUAGUAUAGUACAUUUGUCACAAUUAAUGGGCUAAUAGUGGUACAUUAUUAUUGACUAAAGUUCAUGCUUUAUUCACAUUUCCUUAGUUUUCACCUAAUGUUCUUUGUCUAUUCCAGGAUCCCACUGAGGAUAUUAAAUUUAGUCAUCAUGUCUCCUUAGGCUUCUCUUGACUGUGACAGCUUCUUAGAUUCUAUUCCCAUAUAGGUCAUUACAGAGUAUUAAGUAGAGUUCCCUGUGCUAUGCAGUAGGUUCUUAUUAGUUAUCUAUUUUAUAUAUGAUAGUGUGGAGUUGUGGUAUUCUUAAGGGUGAAAUGUUUACAUCAGUUAAUUGAAAUUCUAUAGAAAGAAAUUGGUCUCUUCCCUCAUUUAUUAAAUUUAUUUAUACCACUGUGGACUCAUGGAUAUUCAUUUUAUGCUUUGGGGAAAUAAUCCGGUAGUACUUAAUUUUGUUCAGAGUGUUCCAUCUUUGGCCAUUGCGAGCUCUUACAGUUGGCUCCUGUGUCCCUUCUAUAUGCCCCCAUCAUUGUGCUGUUGUUGUUUUUAAACACUUCUCACUUUAUGGCACAUAAGGUGCUCCAGGUUCAUCUUAUAUCUUUCCUGUCCCAGAGUUAGCCAUUUAUCUAAGGAGUCAUGGUUCCUUUAUUGGAGAAUGGUAUUAUGGAACCAAGAUCUGGGUGCUAGAUGUGCUCUGGAUGCUGAGGUGUUAUUGCUUCUAGGCCCUGUCAGCUGAUAAAACAAUGAAAUAAAUACAUGUAUGCUAACCGGCAUCCUUAGUUCAUUGCCCACCUGUAUUCUGUGAACAUUCUGUUUUGUUUGGGGUUUUCUUUGUUUUCCAUUUUGGUUUAUUACAGGAUAUUGAAUAUACAUAGUUCCCUGUGCUAUGCAAUAGGACCUUGUUUAUCUGUUUUAUAUAUGGUAGUUUGUAUCUGCUAAUCCCAAACUCCUAAUUUAUUCUUCCCUCAUCCCCUUUCCCCUUUGGUAACCAUAAGUUUGUUUUCUGUGUCUGUGAGUCUGUUUUGUAAAUAAGUUCAUUUGUAUUACAUUUUAAGUUCCACAUAUAAGUGAUAUAAUAUUUGUCUUUCACUUUCUGGCUUGAUUUAGUAUGAUAAGCUCCGGGUCCAUCCAUGUUGUUGCAAAUGGCUUUUUUUUUUAUGGCUGAGUAGUAUUUCAGUGUGUGUGUGUAUGUGUGUGUGUGUAUGCGUGCACAUGUGAGAGAGAGAUUCAUUUGUCAGUGGACACCUAGGUUGCUUCCAUGUCUUGGCUAUUAUAAACAGUGCUGCCAUGAACAUUGGGGUGCUUGUAUCUUUUCAAAUAAGUUUUCUCCAGAUAAAUGCCCAGGAUUGCUGGAUCAUAUGGCAAUUCUAGUUUUUUAAGGAACCUCCAUACUGUUUUCCAUUGUGGCUGCACCAAUUUACAUUCCCACCAACAGUGUAAGAGGGUUUCCUUUUCUCCACACCCUGUCCAGCAUUUGUUAUUUGUAGACUUUUUAAUGAUGGUCAUUCUGACUGGUGGGAGAUGAUACCUCAUUGUAGUUUUGAUUUGCAUUUCUGUAAUGAUUGAUGUUGAGCAUCUUCAUGUGCAUAUUGGUCAUCUGUAUGUCUUUAGAGAAAUGUUUAUCUAGGUUUUUUUUUUAAGAAUUUAUUUGUUUAUUAUUGGUUGUGUUGGGUCUUCAUUGCUGCACGCGGGCUUUCUUCAGUUGCGGUGAGUGGGGGACUACUCAGGCUACUCUUUGUUGCGGUACGCAGGCUUCUCUUGUUGUAGAGCACAGGCUCUAGGCGCGUGGCCUUCAGUAGUUGUGGCACUUGGGCUCAGUAGCUGUGGCAUACUCGCUUAGCUGCGCCACGGCAUGUGGAAUCUUCCCAGACCAGGGGUCGAACCCAUGUACCCUGAAUUAGCAGGCAUAUUCUAAAACACUGUGCCACCAGGGAAGUCCCUAUCUAGGUCUUCUGCCUAUUUUUGAAUGGGUUGUUUGUUUUUUUGAUACUGAGUUGUAUAAACUGUUUAUGUAUUUUAGAAAUUAAGCCCUUGUCCAUAGCAUCAUUUGCAAAUAUAUUUUCCCAUUCUGUAGCUUGUCUUUUUCAUUUUGUUUAUGGUUUCCUUUGCUGUGAAAAAGCUUAUAAGUUUGAUUAGGUCCCAUUUGUUUAUUUUUGCUUUUAUUUCUAUUGCCUUGGGAGACUGACAUAAGAAAACAUUGCUAUGAUUUAUGAACAUACCAUUUUUAAUAUUCAGCAUGUCUUAGUCUAUGGUCUUUGUUUAUUCUUUCAUUUAGAAUAAUGGUUGAGCCUAUUGUCUUUUAUAGUAGAUGCUGUAGUCCCCAAGUGACUGAUUAUUUUUACCCUAUGAGCUCACAGUAGAGUAUGGGAAUUUUGUAUCAGCUGGUGGUAGAGGGAAGAUCCCUAGUAUACUAAUGAGUUGAAUGAAAGUAGAGGUGUCCUUAAGGCACACAGCUUGUGAGUUAGAAUCUAGACUUCACCAGAGUGGCAGAUGGUAGAACUUCCUCUCCUUCCCCUCAGCUGUAAUUCUCUAGAGGAGAACUCCAGGAACUAAUGGUUACAAAAUGCUGUCCACCCAGGAGAGUUCUAUGCCAGCCUACUCCCAUGGCACUCUAUCUACUCUUUUUUUUUUUUUUUUUAUUCACUUCUCAGUCUAUCUACUCUUUUCUACACUGGGCUUCCAUUUCUUGCCCUGUAUAGUAGGUCCCAAUCAUGAUCUGUUCAUCCAGGGGACUCUUCAUAUUUAGUUUCUCAGAUCCCUAACCUCCCUCUUCUUUGUGUGUGUAAUAUCUCCAGGGCUGAGUUAAAGGAAUCAGUAAUAACCUAUGCUAUUUACUUGUCUUGUCAGAAGACUAGUCAUUUAACUCAUACCCUUUUUAUGGCUUUACAGCUUUUAUUAACUGAACUUUAUGCUAGACAUUUGGGAUACAUGAUCAACAAGACCCAGUCUAGCCCUCUUUCAUGUUUACCACCCUCAGAUUGCUUUGUGGCCAUGUUGGUUUUUUUUUUUUUUCAAUCCUUUUGCAUCUAGGUCUAUGCACAUGCUGUUUCCCUUUCUCAUUCCAUCUUUUUCUACUUUGUCUACUUUGAGAUCUCAGCUCAGACAGCACUUCUGCAGAGAAGCCACCCUCCCUGAGUGAGCACCCAUUGUGUCGUAAUGUACCCAAUAUAGAGUUAGACCAUAGGCAUAUCCUACUUUUUAACGAUACCCCAGUAAGUAAGCAUAACAAGAGUGCUGGUUUGGUUUUGUUUAAUUUUGAAAAAAAAAUCAUGGAAACAAAGAUGUCAGGUUUCCAAAUCAUUUGCUAGUGGACUCUAAAGAUAUAACAGUGCCUAACUAUUUGAAACUAAAUUUAGCUUCAAAAAGUGUUAUAUGAAAAUAAUGGAAUUGCAGAGGAUUUGUUGUUCAAAUUUGAGACAUCUUUUAACUUAAACGUGUGUGGCCUUUUAAACUUUUUAAAAUAAUCUGUAAAUGUCUUUAUGUUGAAGAAAAUUUUUGAAACAUCUUUGUAAAUUAUAACUUGUAGAACCUCUCUUAGUAGCAGUCAUUGCACUGACAAGUAGGUGCCUAGGAUAAAACUUAUAACCAGAUUUAAAUGGAUAAUUUUAACAUGUUUACUCUGGAGCUCUAUAAAAGCGAAUAAUCUUUGAUUCUAUGGUUUUGUCAUUUUAGGAGAUUUAUGUAAGUACACUGCAGGAUGUAGAAGAAGAGUAUUUACUGCAUGUUGACCAUGUGCCAAAACUGCUAAAUUCAUUCUAUACAUCUCUUAAUCCUCACAACAGCCCUAUAAGGGUAAAAGGAAGCCUCCUCAAGAUACAGCAACAGUGGCCAAGAUGCCGAUGGCCUGAAACAAGAGUUGUCUGCUGGUUCUCAGCUUGAAGAAGAUUCUACAGUCCUUAUUGAUCCUUUUUCUUGGCGUUACCAUUUUUUGAAGCAAAGUUAACCUAGUUUUCUAGUUUGAGCUUUCUUUUUGGCCAUCUUUAAAAAAAAUUUUUUUUAAUCUAUAAACUAGACAAGAGAUAGUUCUACAAUGUCCAAGUCAUUCCAGCAGUCAUCUCUCGGUAGGGACUCGCAGGGUCAUGGGCGUGACCUGUCUGCAGCAGGAAUAGGCCUUCUUGCUGCUGCUACCCAAUCUUUAAGUAUGCCAGCAUCUCUUGGAAGGAUGAACCAGGGUACUGCACGCCUUGCUAGUUUAAUGAAUCUUGGAAUGAGUUCUUCAUUGAAUCAACAAGGAGCUCAUAGUGCACUGUCUUCUGCUAGUACUUCUUCCCAUAAUUUGCAGUCUAUAUUUAACAUUGGAAGUAGAGGUCCACUCCCUUUGUCUUCUCAACACCGUGGAGAUGCAGACCAGGCCAGUAACAUUUUGGCCAGCUUUGGUCUGUCUGCUAGAGACUUAGAUGAACUGAGUCGUUAUCCAGAGGACAAGAUUACUCCUGAGAACUUGCCCCAAAUCCUUCUACAGCUUAAGAGGAGGAGAACUGAAGAAGGCCCUACAUUGAGUUAUGGUAGAGAUGGCAGAUCUGCUACACGGGAGCCACCAUACAGAGUACCUAGGGACGAUUGGGAAGAAAAAAGGCACUUUAGAAGAGAUAGUUUUGAUGAUCGUGGUCCUAGUCUCAACCCAGUGCUUGAUUAUGACCAUGGAAGUCGUUCUCAAGAAUCUGGUUAUUAUGACAGAAUGGAUUAUGAAGAUGACAGAUUAAGAGAUGGAGAAAGGUGUAGGGAUGAUUCUUUUUUUGGUGAGACCUCGCAUAACUAUCAUAAAUUUGACAGUGAGUAUGAGAGAAUGGGACGUGGUCCUGGCCCCUUACAAGAGAGAUCUCUCUUUGAGAAAAAGAGGGGCGCUCCUCCAAGUAGCAAUAUUGAAGACUUCCAUGGACUCUUACCGAAGGGUUAUCCCCAUCUGUGCUCUAUAUGUGAUUUGCCAGUUCAUUCUAAUAAGGAGUGGAGUCAGCAUAUCAAUGGAGCAAGUCACAGUCGUCGAUGCCAGCUUCUUCUUGAAAUCUACCCAGAAUGGAAUCCUGACAAUGAUACAGGACACACAAUGGGUGAUCCAUUCAUGUUGCAGCAAUCUACAAACCCAGCACCAGGAAUUCUGGGACCUCCACCUCCCUCGUUUCAUCUUGGGGGACCAGCAGUUGGACCAAGAGGAAAUCUUGGUGCUGGAAAUGGAAACCUGCAAGGACCAAGACACAUGCAAAAGGGCAGAGUGGAAACUAGCCGAGUUGUUCACAUCAUGGAUUUCCAGCGAGGGAAAAACUUGAGAUAUCAACUAUUACAGCUGGUGGAACCAUUUGGAGUUAUUUCAAACCAUCUGAUUCUAAAUAAAAUUAAUGAGGCAUUUAUUGAAAUGGCAACCACAGAAGAUGCUCAGGCUGCAGUGGAUUAUUAUACAACCACACCAGCAUUAGUAUUUGGCAAGCCAGUGAGAGUUCAUUUAUCUCAGAAGUAUAAAAGAAUAAAGAAACCUGAAGGGAAGCCAGACCAGAAGUUUGAUCAAAAACAAGAGCUUGGACGUGUGAUACAUCUCAGCAAUUUACCUCAUUCUGGCUAUUCUGACAGUGCUGUCCUCAAGCUUGCUGAACCUUAUGGGAAAAUAAAGAAUUAUAUACUGAUGAGGAUGAAAAGUCAGGCCUUUAUUGAGAUGGAGACCAGAGAAGAUGCAAUGGCAAUGGUUGACCACUGUUUGAAAAAGGCCCUUUGGUUUCAAGGGAGAUGUGUGAAAGUCGACCUGUCUGAAAAAUACAAAAAACUGGUACUCAGGAUUCCCAACAGAGGCAUUGACUUACUGAAAAAAGAUAAAUCCCGGAAAAGAUCUUACUCUCCAGAUGGCAAAGAAUCUCCAAGUGAUAAGAAAUCCAAAACUGAUGGUUCCCAGAAGACUGAAAGUACAACCGAAGGUAAAGAACAAGAAGAGAAGUCAGGUGAAGAUGGUGAAAAAGAUACGAAGGAUGACCAGACGGAACAAGAACCUAACAUGCUUCUUGAAUCGGAAGAUGAGCUACUUGUAGAUGAAGAAGAAGCAGCAGCACUGCUAGAAAGUGGCAGUUCAGUGGGAGAUGAGACAGAUCUUGCUAAUUUAGGGGAUGUGGCAUCUGAUGGGAAAAAGGAACCUUCAGACAAAGCUGUGAAAAAAGAUGCAAAUGCAAGUGCUUCAGCAACUGCGAAGAAAAAGCUUAAAAAGCGUCGUUUCCCAGGGAGUAUGGAAGGUUUUGUCACUCUAGAUGAGGUUGGUGAUGAGGAAGAUUCGGAACUUCAGAAACUUCGUAAAUCGGGCAUGGCAUUUAAAUCUGGUGACAAAAAUGAUGAUGGUUUGGUUGAAAUUAAGGUGGACAAGAUCGAGGAACUUGACCAAGAAAACGAAGCAGCGUUGGAAAAUGGAAUUAAAAAUGAGGAAAACACAGAACCAGGUGCCGAAUCUGCUGAGCAUGUUGAUGAUCCCAACAAAGAUACAAGUGAAAACGCAGAUGGCCAAAGUGAUGAAAACAAGGAGGACUAUACAAUCCCAGAUGAGUAUAGAAUUGGACCAUAUCAGCCCAAUGUUCCUGUUGGUAUAGACUAUGUGAUACCUAAAACAGGGUUUUACUGUAAGCUGUGUUCACUCUUUUAUACAAAUGAAGAAGUUGCAAAGAAUACUCAUUGCAGCAGCCUUCCUCAUUAUCAGAAAUUAAAGAAAUUUCUGAAUAAAUUGGCAGAAGAACGCAGGCAGAAGAAGGAAGCUUAAGAUGUGCGAGAAGCUUAAUGAUUUCAAAGAAAAUAAUGGUUCUUUGUUUUUAAAUGUUAACCUUUUUUAAAUACAGUACUGAUAGUUAGAAGAAAACUAUUGUACUCUUUUGUUAUAGUGGAAAAAUAAUAGACGUCUGUUCAUGUGUUAAGUGUUAUAGCAAAAAUACAUAUACGGUUAAGUUAAUGAAGAAUUGUUUUUGUUUUAUCAAAAUGGUAACAGACAGAAAUACUUUGUGGAGACUGACUUCGUAUACUACUUAAGACACUUGCACCACUAAGAAAGAUACGUAGAAACAUUCAGAGAAAUGAAAUUUAGUAGUUCCAAGCUUCAAAGAAAUGUCAAAACUUUUGAUUCCAUUCAAUAAAGAACGAAACCAAUUGUAUUUUUAUUACUUUCAUCUGAAACAUUCCACAUUUUAAUCUGAGCCUUGCAGACUUUUCAUUUGGAGUUUGAAGCAUUUUUGGUUUCAUUUCAUUUUUGGAGAACUUCAUUAAUGUGAGAUUGGUAAUUAAAAUGCAGGUGCAGUUUUCUUUUAAUGUCAUGCUGUUGUUUAAGGUAAUAAGAAAUACUAAGUAACUGGCUUUAGAUUUUGUAAUUUUUUCCCUAAGUUCCUGCUAGAUUUCGUAUUCUAGUAGUCAAUGUAUUUUCAGUGAAAUGUAAAAAUAUUCCCAUUCUCUUUGACCAGUAUUAAUUUCUUGAGAUCUUAUUGCUUGUAACUUGAAUCCUGUAGUUGUCAUACAUCUGGUAUAAGCAACAUUUGAUUUUUGAAGUGUGUAGACCAUCUCUUCAUAUUUUCAAGAUGUAAUUUUACAUUUCUGCAUUUUAAAAGCAGUUUGGCCAUAAUCUUAGACGCACGCUUCUAAUUCAUAUACUUGCAUACGUGACCUUUGUGAACAGAAAUUUGCAUGUAUAAUCUGUGUUUACUUGUAACAUUCUGGUUAUAUACUGCUUAUAUCUGUGGAUUCAAGUUUCUGAAGUGAGUACCAAUAAAAGAAAAAACCUAGGCCGUGUUCAUUGGUUAUACAUGUUUGAAAUGUUAACCAA